ACCGCGAUCUCCCUCUAUAUUAACGCCUCUCCCUCCCUUUCACCACUCAAGGGCGAGAGAGAGUAUACACAGAAAUACAGUGAAAUAGCGAGGGAGUGAAGGGAAAAACAGAGGAAGUAAUAUACACGGAAGAACAUGUGUAAUCCAACGACUCCAGCUGCCGAAAAAACGCCCCCACCACCACCGCAUAUCUAUCUAACGAUCGUCUCCCUCUCUAACAGCACAACCCAAAACCCAAAACCAUCCAAACAGCCCCAAACCCAAUUCCCUUCCCUUGCGGAAAUAUUCGCAGAGGGGAAAUCCCUUUUCGACCUCUCCUUCCCAAUCGCCCUUACGGCUCUCCUCCUCUACUCGCGCUCUGCCGUCUCCAUGCUCUUCCUCGGCUCGCUUGGUGACCUAGAGCUCGCUGCGGGCGCUCUCGCUAUCGCUUUCGCAAACAUCACAGGAUACUCUGUUCUGUCAGGCCUCGCGCUCGGCAUGGAACCGCUCUGCUCGCAGGCUUUCGGGGCCCGCCGUCCCAAGCUGCUUUCUCUCACCCUCCACCGCUCCGUUCUCUUCCUCCUCUCCGCCUCAAUACCCAUCUCCAUCCUCUGGCUUCACGUGUCAAAGAUCAUGUCUUUCCUCGGCCAGGACACCAACAUCACGGCCCUCUCUCAGAAAUACCUCCUCUUCUCCCUCCCCGACCUCAUUUCCUACUCCUUCAUCCACCCCAUACGCAUCUACCUCCGCGCGCAGGGCAUCACACACCCGCUCACAUUAGCGUCGUGCGCCGGGGCCAUCCUCCACCUCCCCAUCAACCUUCUGCUCGUCACCCGCCUCGGCCUUGGCGUCUCUGGCGUCGCGGCCGCUUCCGCCAUGUCGAACCUCAUCGUCCUGGCGUUCCUCGUCCUAUACGUGUGGGCCUCCAGGAUACACGUGCCUACGUGGGCCCCACUGAGCAGGGACUGCCUGACCGGAUGGGGCCCGCUCGUCCGGCUUGCGGCGCCAAGCUGCGUGUCGGUCUGCCUCGAGUGGUGGUGGUACGAGAUCAUGAUUAUCCUAUGCGGGCUCCUCGCGAACCCGAAAGCGACGGUGGCGUCGAUGGGGAUCUUGAUACAGACGACCGCGCUCGUGUACGUCUUCCCGUCCUCGCUCGGGUUCGCCGUCUCGACCCGGGUCGGAAACGAGCUUGGUGCUAACCAGCCCCAGAAGGCUCGGGUCUCGGCAUUCGUAUCCGUUUCCGUCGCGGCUGUCAUGGGCUUCCUCGCAAUGGGAUUCGCUGCCGGGAUGAGGAACACGUGGGGGAAGAUGUUCACAAGUGACGGCGAGAUCCUACGGCUGACGUCGGCCGCGCUGCCGAUCGUGGGGCUGUGCGAGCUCGGGAACUGUCCCCAGACUGUCGGGUGCGGAGUGCUGCGGGGUAGCGCACGGCCAAGCGCUGCAGCUAACGUGAACCUGGGCGCAUUUUACUUGGUGGGGAUGCCGUUUGCGGUGGGCCUUGGGUUCUGGCUCGCGGUCGGCUUUUGCGGACUCUGGCUCGGUUUGCUCGCUGCUCAGGUGUGCUGCGCGGGCCUGAUGCUGUAUGUUGUGUGGACCACAGAUUGGGACGCGCAGGCAAGGCGCGCUCAGGUGCUAACUUGCGCGGGUGGCGGAGGGGCAGAGGUCGUGGGGGAUGUAAGUGUGAUGCAGGUCGGAGGCGAAGGCGAGCCGUUGAUUUCGAUUAAGGUGGGCCCAUCAUCAUAAAAAGGGAAUACUGAACGAUAGGAGAGGAUUGAUGGAGAAGAUUAACGAGAUGUAAUUUGCAUUUUUUUAUUUUGUUGGAUUGUGAAUUAUUGAUUUUUGAUUUGGAGAGAGAGGAGGUUUUUGGUUUUUUUUUUUUUUUUUUUUUUUUUAAGAAGGGAAAGGAGAAAUUUUGUUUUUUUGUA